GGCGAGAGCUGGGAGUUGUCCGCCAAGCGAGCCGUUGACUGUUGUCCAAUGACCGUUUGACAGCAUUGUGUAGGCGGAGCUUGAUCGAUUUUGAACAUCGGAGUCUAAAUAAGCCAGUGCCGCGCGCUCUUACUCAUUCUUCAGGUUUAUUCGAAGAGGAGAACCAUGCCUGAGCCUGCGAAGUCUGCCCCGAAGAAGGGAUCUAAGAAAGCCGUGACCAAGACGGCUGGCAAGGGAGGCAAGAAGCGUAGAAAGUCUAGGAAGGAGAGUUAUGCCAUUUACGUGUACAAGGUGCUGAAGCAGGUCCACCCCGACACCGGUAUCUCCUCCAAGGCGAUGGGCAUCAUGAACUCGUUCGUCAACGACAUUUUCGAGCGCAUCGCCGGCGAGUCGUCCCGUUUGGCUCAUUACAACAAACGGUCCACCAUCACCUCCAGGGAGAUCCAGACCGCCGUGCGCUUGCUUCUUCCUGGCGAGCUGGCUAAGCACGCUGUGUCCGAGGGCACCAAGGCCGUCACCAAGUACACCAGCUCCAAGUAAUAAGUGACGAUUUCAUCAAGCUCACCGGCUCUUUUAAGAGCCACCCACCGUUUCGUCUGAAGAGCUGUUUUUUUCUUGUGCAUGUGAAUGACAACACAAUUUUACUUGUAUGGGGGAAGAAUGUUUUCUGAAGUUCUGAAGCCAUAUUAGGUUUCCCGCCCAAUUUUUUGCUAAGGUCAUAAUUACUGUUGUGCCAGUAAUGGGACACUUUGGUAAAAUAAGCUGGGCGUAGGGAACGUGUGUGCGUGUAUAUCUAUGUAUUUGUGUGUAUAUAUUCUUCUGUGUUUGCGUCACUGAGUGAUUUCCUGAAAUGCUGUGUUUGUGAGGCUCAGUCAAUAAGAUGGGAAGUAAAAUGACAUAUAGUAAUUACAAAAAUCAAACCACAUCAUUUCAUACAGUAGAUAAGCAUUUACAAGAAGGAUUCUGUUGGACUUGCCAGUUCACGGAUUGACCACAGGAUGGCGCCCUAUCUUCGUCUCUGACAUGUGCAUGA